CACAUUAUUAUUUCCAAAACUUGACACUAGGUAUUUUACUAAUUCGAAAAGUGUUUAAAUGAAAAUUAUUCUACACCUGCAUGGCUACUACAAUUGAACUGGCUUCAAAGGAAUCGGACAGCGCGGAAAUCUUGCUUCAAGGCGCCGAAGGUAAACUGUUUAUCGGCAAACACGGUGGCGUUCGGUGCUUGGUGAAAGAACGGUUCUCAAAGAAAUACCGCCACCCAGACUUGGACGUUCAGCUCACUCGGCAAAGAAUUCGAGCCGAGCAAAAGGCAUUUGAAAGAUGUAAGACGGCCGGGAUUGCUACCCCUAAGCUGCUGGCGGUGGAUCUACCCGGUCGUAAGAUUUACAUGGAAUAUCUGGAGAAUGCUAUUACUGCCAAGCGGUUUGUUGAUAGCGUUAUUUGCGAAGGGAUCGAAAACAAUCCAAAGAUUGGUCGAUUGGCAGCGGAAAUCGGGCGAGUGGUGGGCAUUCUACACGGGCGCAACAUAAUCCAUGGAGAUCUAACAACUUCGAACAUGCUGCUGGACCCUCUCGAAGGCGCCGAAGCAGAGUUUCCUUAUCGGCUUGUAAUGAUCGAUUUUGGACUGUCCUGUCAUUCGCUAAACGUUGAAGACAUGGGAGUUGAUCUAUACGUUCUAGAGCGUGCCUUAUUGAGUACCCAUAGCCAAGUGCCGAACUUAUUCGAGCUGGUGCUGAAUAGCUACAAGAAGAGUAAUACGUACAAACUAACGGAAACAAUCGCCAAAUAUGAAGCUGUUCGAGCUAGGGGUCGAAAACGAACUAUGGUAGGAUAAUAGAUUUAUUGUUUUUGCCAGUUUAUGAUUAAAUAUUUU